UUCACUUCACAUAAACUCUCAUAGGAUAAAUUCGCAGGUCAACGCCCGUGGUUCUCGACUUACACCGGCUACCAGUACAGCUGGAGGCCGAGGUUCUGCUUACCUAAGCACAUCUUCAAGCAGGAGUACUCCGUACUUUUACUGCAGGCGGGCUCUUUGGAGCUCCCCCCCCCCCAAACCGCGACCGUCAAUCACAUCAGCGUCUCCAAACACCGAGAUUUCAAGCUGGAUACAGCCCGGUACUACAAUGUGACCGUUCGCCGCCUCGUCGAACCCUGAUCGAUUCCGAUUCCGAUUCCUUCCUCGUCGUCCUCGCGACGGCUGAGCGCGCCCCACCACUCUCGAUCAUAUAUCGUCGCCAAAAUGCGGCCUCGUGCUCUCAGGCGGUUCCUCCUCCGCCAGCUCAAGAAACCUGUCCAGCCGACCCGGGCUUUCACCCAUAACUCGGCCGCCCUCUAUAAUUCUCGCCCACAGCUACCCUUCCUUUCGAUCCCUUCCCGCAUCCACCGCCAACAAUGGCGCUACCUCACCACCGAGCGCAAGAUAUGGCUGCGGCGCGAGGCCAUGCUCAGCAUCAAGUAUUCUGCCUACUUUUGGGCAAUCAUGGCCUGCAUAGCGAGCGCCGCCUUCGCCGUCCAGCAGGAAUUCCUCGAGCGCCAGUUCCCAACCCCACAUGAGUGGUCGUUCCGCACGAGGAUGCUGAAGAGAGGUGCAGAGGCCGAGAGAAACCGGCCCGACGUCGUCAUGGAGAACUGGGCACUGGUCAACCAGAUGAUGAAGGAUGUCAUCUCCAGGCUUGAGGACCCCAACGGCGACGGAAAAGGUCUCAGGGACAUGGGCCCACAGAGCCCCGCAGGCACAAAGGACAUCUCCGCCAUGCCCGAGGCCUGGAGGCGAGGAUAUUACGAGGCGAUGCUGACGUAUGCGCGGGCAUCCGAGCAUGUUGAGGGCUGGGUGCUUGACAAAACAAGGAAGACGGUGUUUCCUCCCGACGUCGUCAAGGGCCCCUCCAACCCAUUUCCCAAACCAAUACCCCCAGGUGCCAAGUCUGCCCCGCGCGAGGAGGACUGUGUGCCGGCGGGUUUCCCCAGCCCCGACGAGUGCUAUCUCAAGCUGCUUUCAACCGAGGGCUUCACAUCAAAACAGCGCAUGGAUGCAGCACUUGCGUACGCGAACUGGCUCGAGUACAAAGGCGUGCUUGGGCCCGCGGCCAUCAUGUACGAGGACGCCGUGAACUUGGCCGUCGAGGAGAUAUAUGCCCCGGGCGCGCAACCACUCAUCGAUCCGAAAACAGCAGUCCUGACCGAAAACGCCGAGCGGAAGCCUUCAACAAAUUUACUCACAUCCCUGACGGCUCUGGCGACUUUCAAAGCCCGCCACGAGGACCCGUCCGCUGCCCUCCCCAUUCUCGUGUCUAUACUCAAGGCACGGCGAUCGCUAUCAACUGAGCCGCAACAGAAGAGCCCAGACGAGAAGCUUGUCGCUCUUUAUGACGGACCCAAGAAGGACAGUCCGUUACAGACAGUUCUCAACCUCUUCAAGCCGCCACCAUACCCGCCACCCCCGGCUGACGGGACCUCACCCCCCAUCCGCGACAGCAGGGAGCUCUGUGAGGAAGCUGGACUGGACUUGCACAUUGGCGAGAUCAUGUAUGUCCUCAAGGACUCGGCCCGCGAGGACGGGCUAGCGUGGACGCGUGAGGGCGUUGACCUGGCGGAAGAGGAGCUGCACAAGGUGCUUCAGGACGAUAAGGACAACCGGGAAGCCAAAAAGACGUGCCGCGAAUGCCUCGCCUCCGGUCUGGACAAUUGGGCGGCCAUGGUAAGCCGCAUGGUCCAGCAGGAAGAAGCUGCAAAGGGGCAGACCAAGUCGACAGCGGGCUGGUUCGGCCUCUGGUCCGGUGGCAAGGUAGAGGGUGGCGGCAGAUGGGCCGCCGAGGAGAAGGUGGUGAUUGAGAGGACAGCUCGCGCACAACAAGUACUGGAGGACCUCGAGAAGCCAAACGCCGGGCUGAUGACAUCGCUGCUGAGGGCUUAGAGAGUCCUGGCAGGCUAGGGAUGGCUGGCUGCCUCCACCCGUUCCGGCAGUCACAUGGUGUCGCACCAGGUGAGGCCCACUAUCAUCACAGUAAAAGCCGUAUUUGAAUGCGAAAGUAUCGUAGUUUGAUUCCCAAUGAAACCAUACCACAGAGCGUUUUCCCAGAGAAGGCUCUCCCAAGGGAAGCUAUUCUUUGAAAGAUUAUCCUCUUAAAGUGCUGUCCUGAAGGAGUUAAUCUCUUAGGAGGUUUUUUCUUAGAGAGAUAUCCUACAGAUGGUUAUGCCAUAGGAGGCUGUUUCUUGGGAGUUUGUCUCUUGGCAGAUUAUCUUAAGAGGAUAUCCUAGAGGAAGUUACUUAAGAGGUCACCCCCUACUAGAGGGUAUUCCAUGGAA